AUGCGGAUAGUUCUAUGCCUCUACCUCGUCACAUGGAUAUCGGCCGGUAUCAUCGACGACUUGCCGCAUUGUUCUCGGAGUACGGUAAUGGAGGGUGAAAUCCGCGAAUACGAUAAUUUUGGACGGCCGAAGAUCUACAGCGCUGUGCAACUUUCGAUGGCAUUGCACGAAGUGGCAUGUAUGACAAUAAAGAUGAACGACAGUGAAUCAUCCAUUCUUCAUACGUUGGAAUUCUUGCGGCUCGAACAGCAUCACCCCGUCUCUGGAAUGUACCAGUUCGGAAUUCCGAAGAUCACUUCCUCCUGUAUUUGUGACUGUGCUGGAGGUGAUGCUCCCUGUAAGAUGAAUGAAUACAACUAUCGGAACUGUACAUCCGGUGCCCUUUGCUAUCGAACCUACCAUCCAAUACAGUCGAAUGUUGGUUGUCUUGGCGAGCAGAAAAGCGAGGCUUGUUGUCAGCUACGGAUAGAGCCGUUCAAAGAUUGGACUUUCACUGCGGUCAAAAUUAAUCAGCCAUCUACAGUACUUGUUUUUAGGUACAAUAUCUACGACCGCUUCAACAAUCGAUGGCGGAAAGCUUCUGAGGAAGUGGUUGAAGUGCCAAUGAAUCGAGGCAUCUUCAAGUUCGAUUUCAAUAAUGUGCACAAAAUCGAGAUGGUCGUCUCAGGCAGUCGACCGAACAGAGAACUCCAGCCCGGAAUGUACUUUCUCAGAGAUGGAACUCAUGAACUCCGAGGGUUCGUUCCUAUCAAUGACAUCGGGGAGAGCAGCUUGGAGAAGCUCGGCUGGAUGCGCUAUGCGGACGGUAAAUGGGACAUACGAAACGGCCUAGUGAAAAUCAAGCAGGCUCAUGUGCCAAUGAAUCGAGGCAUCUUCAAGUUCGAUUUCAAUAAUGUGCACAAAAUUGAGAUGGUCGUCUCAGGCAGUCGACCGAACAGAGAACUCCAGCCCGGAAUGUACUUUCUCAGAGAUGGAACACAUGAACUCCGAGGGUUCGUUCCUAUCAAUGACAUCGGGGAGAGCAGCUUGGAGAAGCUCGGCUGGAUGCGCUAUGCGGACGGUAAAUGGGACAUACGAAACGGCCUAGUGAAAAUCAAGCAGGCUCAUCACGUGAACGUAGCAGACUGCAAGCAACAAGUCUACACGUCAACUAUAAACGGAGAGCAGAUGGUACUGGUAUCUGGAAAUGACGUCGACGAGAGUUACGAUCUCGGCAGAGCACUGACUGAUGAUCCAUGGAUAGAAACGGCUGUCUACCAGGAUCGAGCUGUGAGAGUCGAGCAUGCCGAAGGGACUAGCAUUACGGUACACAUGACAUCAGAGACUCGGCCUCAUAUGCUUCGUCAUAUCUCUCAGCUGGAGUCGUUCGAUGGGAUGAUUCAAGUAGAUCGCGAUAGCAAUCGAUAUUUGAAUAUUUCUUUUUUGGGAUCAAAGGGUACAUUGAUCGGGAAUAUUUUCUCAUCAGAAAAGAAAGACCAAAUUGAUAUGGCUUUUUCAGUUCAAGUGGACUCAAAAGUGCACCACUACAGAUCGAUAAUAUCGAUUCCAUCAUCGAUCAAUAGCAGUCGAUAUGUAUGUUUUCACCCAUCAGGUGACGUGAAGGGUGAAAUUUGCAAAUGGUUCAAGUACGAAACUCAGCGGCUCAACAGCUACCGCGUGGCACAUCGCUGGCAGAGGGGACAAGGAGAUUGUGGCGGAUGCAACGAACGUGGUGUGGAGAGCUUCUUGACAUCGUUGGAUCCCCGCCAAUGGUUCAACGGCAUCACCACACCUGUCGAGGCAUUCACGAUGGCCGUUGAGGUCGUCAUUGUAAUCUGUCUGAUUUUGCUUUUCUUCGCUAUCUGUACCAAAUGCCUUAUUCCUCUUUUACGAUGUACUUUCUCAGUCAGUGAAUCGCCAAAGAAAUAG